AUGGCUGAUCGAUUCCCAUCAGAAGAUGCAAGUCGGUCAUCCCAGCCUUUGCGUGGACCAUAUUCUGAGCCGAGAUCACAACGGCAAGCCCCUCGUCAAUAUCCAGCUAGUUUGGAUACUGACCUGAGCCUCAUUACAGAGCUUCGCAGGUCUGAAGAGGAAGCUUCUGGACAUAGAUCCCUGCCAAAUAACUUGGUAAAAUUUUAUCAUGUAAACUUUACAAACAUUUUUUUCUCCUUUUGAAAUUACAGGUCCUGUUGUGUGUAUAUAUAUAUGUGUUUGUAAAAAGUCAUGUGAAUAUUGGUGCACAAGUGGUGUUCUUCUUGUUUUUACUUGGUGAUUUUUCCAUAGUACAGUUCCUUUGUUGAACUGGGAUUCUGCUAAAAGUCUUCCAGUUUUGCAUACCAUGUAAGAAAUUCAUAUGCAGGUGAAACCUGCAGAUUUGGGUUAUUUCUUUAUUCAUACACAGAGUUCUAAUGGUUAAUUUGUUUCACACUCACUUCACACAUGGUCACAUGUGUUUCACGCAUUUUUCACAUGCACUUUAUUGUUAGUGGGUUUGAAGCUCACCAUUACUGGACUAAGUCAUGAGAUUUUCUCUUAUUAUUUCCAAUAAAUUUCCCUCUUAUCUGAUUCAUUUUUGUAGUUCUCAAAUCCUUGGUCAACCCUUUGACCUUGAAGAGGGUCUGGCAUCUUAUUUCUCCUUACAGUAUCACCCCUGAAUUACACAUGAAGGUCACACAAAUAAACAAAAUGUUCACCAGCUUAAGUAGCUCUUGAUUGUUGAGCAAUUUCUCCUUGUUAGCACCUCUGGAAAUGUAUAGAGAACAAUACAGAAAAUAAGCAUACUGAUGGUAGGGUAUGAAGGGUUGACUACUUCUUUCCAUUAUACUCAGCUGCACUUUGAUACUGAAGGUAACUUUUAUUUGUGGUUGAAAGGGAUGGUCUUCAAGAGCAAGUGCUCUCUCACCAUCAGCUGCAAGUGGUGCAACAAAAAAGAAAGGAAAACACUUUGAGCAGGUGAAGCUGCCUCCUAAGGCUGGCUCAGCUAGCCCCUCUUCUGAUGGUACCCAUUUCACUAGAAAACGACACCAUACACCAGCUACAGUUCCAAGAACACGCCUACCUCCUGGUACCCCAAUGGCAGAGAGGUUGGCUAUGGAAAGUUUAAAGCAAAAACUGUCUUUUGAGGAAAAACCUGAGGUCAGUUUGGUUUGUGGUACUCACUGUAAAUCUCCAGCCUGAAGUUCAAAUACCUUCUGUCAUGAUUUAUUAAAUUUGUAAUUAUUUUUUAAUAACAACCAUUACUUGGUAAAUUAAAUGUGAAAAAAUUCCAUUGCUUUAAUAUUUUUGUCAUUGCCUGGAAAUAUGAGAAUUACCUGAAAACUUUUCAUGGGACUAAAAUACAGUUAACAGUCCAUUUUACAGUUGUGUGCUUAGUUGCCAAGCCUUUGAACAGGAGUGAGGCUAAGGGUGACCUUGUUAUGAUACAAACUUGCUGCUAUUCAAAUGUAAAUCUCUUUGUUAUCAUGCUAACCAGAUACUGGUCCUUAUCACAAUAAGGUCACUUUCAGCCUCACCCAAAUCAAAGGCUUGGCAACUAAGUACACAAUUAUAAAAUGGCCAAUUGUGAUUUCUACAUUUUUCAUUGAUAUGUGAGACAUGAUUUUGGAGAUUUGUCUCUGAAAAUGUGUAGUAGACACUAGUUGUCAGCAAUUGUUGUGGAAACCUCAUGGGAAAUGUUUGUAGUAUUUUAACCCUUUCACUCCUAGGUCUCAUUAGCAAUUUUCCUUAACAUCUGCCAUAUAAUACUUAUAAUGUUAGUCUGGAGAAGUUGAUAUUGGAUCAACUAACAAUCCCCUAAUUACUAUUUUCUUUAUUCUUAUCACUUGUCUGCUUGAUAUUUUAUUGAUCUUGUAAGGAGAAAUUCUGUCUUGGUCACUCAUGGGAGUUAAAAGGUUAAAACUCAUUCCUUGGGUGUAAUUUAAGAAUCUUGAUCCAUUCUAUUUGUUUCUGUAUUUGACUAUCCUUAACAAUGCAGCUUAACAUGAACUUGCAAGUUUGUUUGUGGAUCCAAACUCUAGUUUGCAUUUUCUCGAAUGGUGUGGUUUAACUGUCUCUAACAUGUACGUGUAAUUGGAUUACAGCGUGACGAGGAGGGUCCCCGAAGUAGAGGUGGGAGAUCCUCACAAAAUCAAUCAUCUAGCACAGCUAAUAAUGAGAGAGCAUUACCUACACAACCAAGAGUACCAGCCACUGCCAGCUUACCAGUGUUGGAGAUGAAUGAAACUGAGACAGCAAGGACUUCUACAGAGGCAGCUCCUAGAUCAACAGCUUCUAAGGUAUAAAUUCUACAAAGUUUGGGUAUGAUAUAGUCUAUGCUGUGUGGGUUUAUAUGUCUACUUAUGCACAUGCAUCCUGUACUUUAUUUACACAUAUUUUAUAAUAAGGUAUACAGAGUUCUCACUUAUUUUACACAGGAUAAGUCAAAAGAAAUUGUCAAACAGGUAGAGCAAUCCUUUUCCCCAUUGAAUUUAAAAGAUGUGAAAGCGACUUUUAAAAAAAGCCACCACAGGCUGUAAAUUUUACUAGUUAUGACCUGGAAAGAACACUGAGAAUAGCUUGUUUAAUGUUUGUGCCCUUAUUUGUGGUUUUAGACUCAUUCAAUAAUGGUACAGUUUAACUAAUAUUUUCCAGUAGCAUUCUGUGAUUUUUGUGAGUUAAUUUGAGCUGAUUUUAUCUUUUGCUGUUCAAGGUCAACACACCUUUGAUCAUUGCAAGGCUCAAUCAAGUUCGGGUAAGAAUUUAGGGAAAAUAUACAGAAGAAACUUUAAAAAAAAAAGACAGUAAAUUCUGGUAACUUUUUUACCCACUUAUUUACAUUAGCAUCCUGAUUUUUCACAUCUCAGUGAACAAGGAAGUUUGUUUGAAUUAUUGGAUAGGAAUUAUUUGCUUGGGAGGAGUGUGGAAGACAGUUUUGUUUCUUAAUGUCAGGAGUUUGGAGAAUAUGAGGGUUCAAGAGUAAAGGAUUUCUCUUAACCCUUUAACUCCCAAGAUCCGAUUGUUAAUUCUCCCCUCUUGCUACUACACAUUACCUUGUCAAUUGAUUGGGAGAAUUUGGUGUUGGAGCAAGAUAACAUCUUCUACCUGAUUAAUCUGUGUAUUCUUAUUAACUGUUUUUUGGAUAAUCUAUGGAUAUUUUAGGGAGAGGUUACAUGUUAAUCACUUCUGGGAGUUAAAGGGUUAAGGUAUUUACUUAGUGGCUGCAAUUAUUUCAUAAUGUUCAUACAUUGCCUUUAAGUGCAUGAGCAUAAUCAACACCAUUGACCAGUUGCAUGUGCUGAUAAUGUGUCCUUUUAUUCUUUCAUCAGGGCUUUCUCAAACAAGCUACUGAAAUGUUUGUCACUUUACAAAGUACAGGCAGUGAUGAAAGGGUAAGUUAAUACACUGUACUGUAUGUGAAUAUAGUCUGAAAUGGGAGAAAGUCCUCUGUUGUAUUCUUGCUUUUGCCCUUUUGUAGGAAAUUCAAUUCAAUUUGUAAUUGUGAUAGUACUGAUUUGAUGCGUGGGAGUGGAUUCACAAUGAACAUUGUGUCAUACCUUUAGAUGUGUAACUUUUGAUUUACUUCUGUGGCAACUUUUUAUUCAUUAUUAAUUGAUGUAGUGCUAGGCUGUACCAAUUAACUUUUGAAUGUUCUUCACACAGUCCAGUGAACUAAAUGCCCAAGCAGUGAAGAUUGCAAGGCUAAUCAAACAGCUCAAACAGCAAGAGAAAGCUUAUGUAGAACUUCUUGAAAGAUCAGUGGUGAGCUUUUCUCAUCAACAACACAUUAACAUAUGUACAGUACUGUGAAGAAGCAAUGAGAGUUAAAUCUACAAAAGUUAUACUUUGUUGGCAUAAAUUUCUUAAGGGAUUUCACAUGAAAUUUUAGGCCACUUUGUCAUGUUGGUUUUGCAUCAUUGUGUCAAGACAAAUGAUGACAUUCUUAGUCACAGUUUCUGUUAACGGGCAUAUGGACCCAAGGUUUUUCUCUGUUCUUGAAAGGCAUAGAGGGUUAUUGAGAUUAGUUGGGCUUGAGGUGUUGCUUUGACUGUAGGGUUCAAUUGCCAAUAGUUUUUACACAACAGGACAUUUUGCUUCAUGUAGGUCAUAUGUGACUGAUGAAAAAGGCUGCUCUUCUGCUGAACCAUUCUUUGUCAAUUAUAUGGGAAGUUUAUAAUACUCUGAGAAAAUGGUUGUUAUUGUACAAUUAUGGUAUCUUUGAGAAAUUUCAGCAUCUUACCCCUUUCUUGCUAAAAGUUUAAUAGAACAUAUUAAUAUAGGCAAUUUCUUGUAAGACUAGCUAGAAAUUUUAGCACCAGAGAUGAAAAGGAUACUGAAAAUUGAUUUUCAGUAUCCUUUUAACAAUCAGUCUUUUUUAUUGUUGUUUUUGUUCUUUUAUCUUACCAGGCUGUUGAACAUGAUUCAACUUUAGAAAACACACCAUCUCUGAGUCUGCAGUCACUAACAGAGGAGGAAAAGGUAUGUCAAAUAUUGUUCUAGAACUGUAAUUUCUGUAUACUCAUGAUUGUACAUUAGAUGAAUGUUCUUUUCACACUGCACUAAUUGCUCAGAUAAGCUAAGAAACAAAGCAAAGAAAAUAAAUACUGAGGUGAUGUAGAUUUCAAAUUAUUUGACACAGCUACUGAACAUACAUGUACAUGUGCCUUUAAUGUAGAGUGAGUCAGCAUCUAUAAGAGAUGAAGAGCUUCAAGGGCUACGUCAGCAACAUGCUCUAUUGAAAAAGAUGCUGGAGCAGCAACAGCAGGUAAGAGAGAGGAAAAAAAUUCUUCCCUGAUGCAGAAAUGGUGGCAUACUGUUUUAACUUUACUGCUUUUACUAAACUUUGGUUAUUGAUAUUACAGCUGAAGGAACUACAAACCCGACAAGCUACUCUGUUGACGUUGCAACGUGAUGCAGAAAUGCGUUUGGCUGAGGCAGAGGAAGAAGUAUGUUGAACUCACUAAUUUACUUAGCUUUAACCAAAAAUUAUGUUGGAGCUUAUAUUUUGUAUUUUUAUUUAUUGCAUACCUUAAUGUUUUUUGUAUGCUGAUUAAUUUAUGACUUGAGAAACAGUAAACCAUAUUACACUGUAUGCUGCAACUUUCCUUAAAACAUUGUUUAGGGAGCAGGUACUUUCUAAGUUUCAAUAGGAAGUAUCCUCUCAGCAGCGAGCAGGUUUCCAUGGCAACUUAUCAAUUGCCUUACUUGAGGCUCCAGUCAUUUAAAACAAAUGUAUGCAGCCUCAUUGAUAACAUAUUUUUUUCUUUUUCCUUGAAUGAGCAUGCAUAUUGUCUUAAUAUUCAGCCCCUUUCAGAAAAUUCCUGACAGCAUGUUCAGUGAGUUUUACCUGGAUAACAUAAGUUCAUCUUAUCCAACUCAAGGGCAGAGUAGACCCUGAUGAACCAGGUGCAAUUGGAGGUGAAGAUGAUGAACCUAGCAGAAGCAGAGGUGCAUCAGGAACUUCCCAAGCUUCAGCACAACUGGAUGUUGUUCCUGAGGUAUUGCAGAAUAUAGUUACAUUAAAAAUAAUAUGGUUUACUGCUUACUUCAAGUACCUUCAAAGUGUUUAGGAUCACUAUAAAGGAACAAAAACUAAAUUGCCUUAUUUGGGUGCCUUUGAAGCCAGCCAUUGUACAUGUACAUAUUUCCAUUUUUCUAAAAUGUACAAAUUACUCUCAUUUGGCUAUUGUAUACUGUAUUGAUAAUUACACAAAGUAUGAUUUCCUUUAUGUGCAAACAUGAUUUACAGUUAGUUGGUACCUUAAAUCAAUACAAAUUCAACAAAGGAAGUAGCAGUUUGUUUAACUUUCCUGGAGAAUUGUAUCACUUGACAGCACUCCAAGCCCACCCUUUAAUCAAAUUUGCCAUUUGGCAAACUAAAAUGAUAAUUGGGUGGCCAUUUAUAACUUUUUUGUGACCAAAGUAGAGAAGACUUGGGGCCCUGACUUUCUUGAGUGUGAUACAUGUACUUUCCUAUGGUAUUGAAAGCCAUUUUAUUGUACUGAAGGUUUACAUUAGUAUGUACUGUACAUGUUUGUAUUAUUUUAUUGUUUAGAGACCAAGCACAAGUGUUCUGACGGAUGACAGGCGGUUUACACCUGAAGAAUUAGAGCUCAUCAACCUUCUCAGAAAACACAAGGAAAAGGUUUGGUUACAUAAAAAAUAAUUGCUCUCUUUCUGUUUCAAUGAAAACCCUCAUUAUAAAAUUGUUUUUAUUUGUCUUGGCGCUUGUGUACUCAUAAUAAUUUUAAGUUAAAGUACUAUCCUCGAGAUGAAAAUUAAAACACAGACACAAGAUGACUUUUUGACUGCGAAAUUAACAAUUACCAAUUAAACAAUGAAGAAAGUUAAGCCCUCCACUUAAGAAAAGUAGUUAUUAAUGUGCAGCAGUGACUAAAGGAAUUACAGAAUAAACAUAGUGGAGUCUUACUACACCUUAGAGCAAUCAUUCAGUGUGUACAGGCUUGGAUGCCUUGAUCCCCUGCGGGUGACUAGCAUUUACCUUAUCCUUACCUUUUUGCCCCUGAAUCACACAUUGUGGUCACAAGAGCAAGGGAAAUGAUCACCAACUAACUUGUUGAAAAAUUUCAUAAAGAGGCCUAAAAAGGCACUACAUAGCACUUGUGCUACAGAAAAGGUUUGACAUUGGAUUAUGAUUGGUUGAUACCCAUAGAUCAUGGCCUCAUCAUACUCACAAAUUUUAGGGUCAGCGACUUACUACACUCUGAUUUAUAAGGGGGUGCUUUCAGAAGUACCAUAGAUACUUCUUGUAGGUUCAGGAACGUUUUUUAGCAAUACUCUAUCUCCUGCUCUGUUUAACCAAAUAUAUGUAUAUAAUUAUUGACUACCCAAUUAUUAUUGGACUCCCCAAUUAACCAACACAUUUGUUGCAAUUGGGAGUUCUUAUCAGAGUUCACUGACUCCCCAUUUGACCAACAAACUUCUUGCGAUCAGAAGCUCUGAUCAGAGCUCAGUUACUUCCCAAAUAACCAACAAACUUGUUACAAUUGGGAGCUCUAAUCAGAACGCAUUGACUCCCCAAUCAACCAACCAACUUGUUGUAACUGGCUGCUCUUAUACGAGCUCAUUGACUCCCUGAUCGGCCAACAAACUUGUUAUAACUAGAAGCUCUUGUUCAAGCUCUCUGACUCCGUGAUAGACCAAGAAACGUCUUGCAAUCGGGAGCUCUUAUCAGAGCUCAUUGACUCCCAGAUCGACCAACAAAGUUGUUGCGAUUGAGAGUUCUUAUCAGAGCCCAUUGACUCCCCAACAAACCAACAAACUUGUUGCAAUUGGAAUCUGCCAUCAGAGUUCAUUGACUCUUCAAUCGACCGACAAACGUCUUGCUAUCGGGAGCUCUUAUCAGAGCUCAUUGACUCCCUGAUCGACCAACCAACUUUUUAAUACUAGAAGCACUUGUCCGAGCUUGUUGCAAUUGGAAGCUGUUAUCAGAGCUCAUUGACUCUCCAAUCAAUCAACCAACUUGUUAUAACUGGAAGCGCUUGUCCAAGCCCAUUUACUCCCCAAUCGACUGACAAAUGUCUUGCGAUCAGAAGCUCCCAUCGGAGCUCAGUUACUCCCCAAUUGACCAACAAACUUGUUGCAAUUGGGAGCAUUUAUCAGAGCUCAUUGACUCCCCAAUCAAACAACAAACUUGUUGCGAUUAGUAGCUCUUAUUAAAGCUCAUUGACUCCUCAAUCAAACGACAGACUUGUUGCGAUUAGUAGCUCUUAUUAAAGCUCAUUGACUCCUCAAUCAAACAACAGACUUGUUGCGAUUAGUAGCUCUUAUUAAAGCUCAUUGACUCCCCAAUCAAACAACAGACUUGUUGCGAUUAGUAGCUCUUAUUAAAGCUCAUUGACUCCUCAAUCAAACGACAGACUUGUUGCGAUUGGGAACACUUAUUAGAGCUCAUUGACUCCCCAAUCAACCAACUGAAUUGCUGCGAUUAAUAACUCUUGUCAGAGCUCAUUGACUCCCAAAUCAAACAACAGACUUGUUGCGAUCGGGAGCUCUUAUCAGAGGUCAUAGAAUCCCCAAUCAACCAACAGACUUGUUGCGAUUAGUAGCUCUUAUCAGAGGUCAUAGAAUCCCCAAUCAACCAACAGACUUGUUGCGAUUAGUAGCUCUUAUCAAAGCUCAUUGACUCCCCAAUCAAACGACAGACUUGUUGCGAUCGGGAGCUUUUAUCAGAGCUCAUUGACUCCCCAAUCAACCAACAGACUUGUUGCGAUUGGUAGCUCUUAUCAGAGCUCAUUGACUCCCCAAUCAAACGACAGACUUGUUGCAAUUGGGAGCUCUUAUCAGAGCUCAUUGACUCCCCAAUCAACCAACAGACUUGUUGCGAUUGGUAGCUCUUAUCAGAGCUCAUUGACUCCCAAAUCAAACAACAGACUUGUUGCGAUCGGGAGCUUUUAUCAGAGGUCAUUGAAUCCCCAAUCAACCAACAGACUUGUUAUGAUUGGUAGCUCUUAUCAAAGCUCAUUGAUUCCUCAAUCAAACGACAGACUUGCGAUUGGGAGCUCUUAUUAGAGCUCAUUGACUCCCCAAUUAACCAACAGAUUUAUUACGAUUGGUAGCUCUUAUCAAAGCUCAUUGACUCCUCAAUCAAACGACAGAGUAAUUGCGAUUGGGAGCUCUUAUCAGAGCUCACUGACUCUCCAAUCAACCAACAGACUUGCUGCGAACGGGAGCUCUUAUCAGAGCUCAUUGACUCCCCAAUCAAACAAAAGACUUGUUGCAAUCGGAAGCUCUUGUCAGAGCUCAGACUUGUUACGAUUGGUAGCUCUUAUCAAAGCUCGUUGACUCCCCAAUCAAACGACAGACUUGUUGCGAUCGGGAGCUCUUAUCAGAGCUCAUUGACUCCCCAAUCAAUCAACAGACUUGUUGCAAUUGGUAGCUCUUACCAAAGCUCAUUGACUCCCCCGUCAAACAACAUACUUGUUUCAAUCGGGAGCUCUCAUCAGAGCUCAUUGACUCCUCAAUCAAAUAACAGACUUGUUGUUGUACUCCUCCUCGGGAGCUCUUAUCAGAGCUCAUUGACUCCCCAAUCAACCAACAGACUUGUUGCAAUUGGUAGCUCUUACCAAAGCUCAUUGACUCCCCCGUCAAACAACAUACUUGUUGCAAUCGGGAGCUCUCAUCAGAGCCCAUUGAAUCCCCAAUCAACCAACAGACUUGUUUCGAUUGGUAGCUCUCAUCAGAGCUUAUUGACUCCUCAAUCAAAUGGCAGACUUGUUGUUGUAACUGGAAGCUCUUAUACGAGCUCAUUUACUCCCUGAUCAGACAACAAACUUGUUAUAACUAGAAGCUCUUGUUCGAGCUCUCUGACUCCUUGAUCAACCAAGAAACGUCUUGCAAUCAAGAGCUCUUAUCAGAGCUGAUUGACUCCCCGAUCGACCAACAAAGUUGUUGUGAUUGAGAGUUCUUAUCAUAGCCCAUUAACUCCCCAACAAACCAACAAACUCUUUGCGAUUGGGAGUUCUUAUCAGAGCUCAUGCUCUCCCCGAUUGACCAACAAACUCCUUGCGAUUGGGAGCUCUUAUCAGAGCUCAUUGACUUCCUGAUUGACUAACAAACUCCUUGCGAUUGGGAGCUCUUAUCAGAGCUCAGUAACUCCCCAAUUGAUCAACAAACUCCUCGCGAUUGAGUUAUUUUAUUAGAGCUUAUUGACGACCCAAUUUACCAACCAACUCCCUGCGAUCUAAAGCUCUUAUCAGAGCUUAUUUACUCUUCAAUUGACAGAUGAACCUUUUUGUAAUCAAAAGUUCUUUUCAGAGCUCAUUGACUCCCCAAUCAACCAAGAGACCUGUGGCGAUUGGGAGCAGUCAUCAGAGCUCAUUGACUCCCCAAUUAACCAACAGACUUGUUGCGAUUGGUAGCUCUUAUCAGAACUCAUUGAAUCCCCAAUCAACCAACCAACUUGUUGUAACUGGAAGCUCUUAUACGAGCUCAGUGACUCCCUGAUCGGCCAACAAACUUGUUAUAACUAGAAGCUCUUGUUCGAGCUCUCUGACUCCCUGAUCGACCGAGAAACGUCUUGCAAUCGGAAGCGCUUAUCAGAGCUCAUUGACUUCCCAAUUAACCAACCACUUCCCUGCGAUUGAGAGCUCUUAUUAGAGCUUAUUUACUCUUCAAUUGACACAACCCUUUUCCGAUCGGGAGCCCUUUUCAGAGCUCAUUGACUCCCCAAUCAACCUACAGACUUGUUGCGAUCAGGAGCUGUCAUCAGAGCUCAUGACUUCCCAAUUGACCAAUCAACUCUUCACGAUUGAGAGAUCUUACCAGAGCCUAUUGACUCCCCAAUUGACCAACAAUGUUGUUGCAACUGGAAGCCCUUAUCAUAGCUCACUGACUUCCCAAUUGACUAACAACCUUGUUGAGAUCGGGAGCUCACUUCAGAGCUCAUUAACUCGCCAAUCAACUCUGAUACUCAUUACCGUUGGGAGCUCUUUUUGGUGUUUAUUGACUUCCCAGUUGGCGAGAAACUUCUUGAAAUCGAGAGUUCUUGUGAGAGCUCGUUGAUACUCAAAUGGAACAAUAAACUUCUUGUGAUUGGGAGCUCCCAUCAGAGUUCACUGACUCCCAAAACAACCAACAAACUUCUUGCAAUUCAAUUGGGAGGUCUUAUCAGAACUCAUUUACUGCCAAUUGAUCCACAAACUUCUUGAAAUUGGAUUUUCCUUUCAGAGCUCAGUGAAUUCGCAUUUGACUAAUAAAAGUCUUGCAAUCGGGAAGUCCUAUCAGAGCCUAUUGACUUUUGGGAGCACUUAACAGAGCUCGUUGACACCCCAGUUGACCAAUAAACUUUUUACGAUCAUAAGGUCUCAUCAAAGCUCAUUGACAUCCCAGUUGACCAGUAAAAUUCUUACAUCAGGAACUCUUAUCAGAGCUCACUGACUGCCCAUCGACUUACAAACUUUUUGUGAAUGGCAGCUCUUAUCAGAACUCAUUUACUUCCCGAUUGACAUACAAAGGAUUUAUCUCCUAGUGUCCUUCAUGCUCAAUUCUAAUGAACUUUAGGGAAGCCGGACCAUGUUUUUUGUAGCUGUCCCCAAAACUUGAACUGUGGUGAUGAACUCUGUUUCUUAAAUCUGCUGUAAUAGAGAUGAAGGUGUUUCGAUAUAUCACUAUUAAAAAUGUGCAGAUAUGUUGUUGUCAGAACUUGCUUCUUGUUUGAGGUCCAGGCACCUAAGACCUUCCACUUCAUCCUCAGCAAAGCUUUCAUCAAAAGCUUAUGUGCUUUGACUCCGCAAGUGACUGAAUUUCCUUCAAGUAGUGUGAUUGUUGAUCUUUUCCUCUUUAUAUAAAGCAACUUCAAUGGUAAGACAUUUUUCAAGUGAACAACAUAUGCCAUUUAUUCUUUUUGGCAUUUAAACUUUAGUUCACAAAAUCAGGUUUUUUCGUGGUUGCCUUAGCAGCAAUUGCCAUGAUAACUGUUACCUAACCAAACAAAAAUAUCCCACAUAACUAACUGCCCAAGUUACAUCACCUCUCCAAAUUGUAUAUAUAUAUUUUUGAUUGAGUAGUUCCGGAUGUAUUGCUGAAAAAUAUCAGAACACAUGAAUAUUGGUACUUCCAAAGUGACCUCACCACCCCUAAUAGCAAGUCACUAACCCCACAAUAUGUGACCACAACUAACGGAGUGAUGUCAUCUGGGCAUCAAGCUGCCAUCCUCUGAUGUCAAACCUGUUUGGUAGUUGGGGUGCUACCACCAAAGAAAGGUCUCAAUUGUUGAACAAAUUCUCCCUGUGAGUUCCAAAAGAAAUCUAUGGAGAACAUUAAGGAGACUAGGUUUACUGAAGUACCGGUAAGCAUCUAAAGGGUUAACUUAUAUGUACAUUCAUGAUUGAUGUUUUGGUGCAGUGGAGGGCUGCUGAUUCUGGGGAUGAGAAGGAAACAGAUGAAAGGGAGAACCAUGGGCCAAAGAGGACAAAUCAGCCAACAGUGGAACAAGUAUUUUAAUGUUUUUCAUGUUUGUGUGUUUUCUUCUUAUUUACCGUAGUUAGUGUUUGUUUUUGUUGUUAUGGUUGUUUUUUUUUUUUUAACUGAGGACUAUUUUUGUUUGAAUACUUAUAGGCACCUCAUCCAGAGAUGAGUUCAGAAGUUGCAGAUAGUGAGGUACAGUGUACACGUAAAUUGUACGUUUUACUAUCUUAAAGGCUAACGCAUUUCUGUGGCCACAGCAACACCCAAUUACAGGGUUGCUUCAACCCUCUCACUCCCAGGAGUAACCAAAACGGAAUUUUUUCUCUCACUUUCAACUCAUCACAGAGAAGAAAGAUGUUUGAAAUAAGGGCAUAUAUCAGUAAGGGAAUGCUAUUUGAUUUAACAACAAAUUCUCAGAACUAAAGUCUUAAGAAAUGUAUGGCAAACAGUGAAGAGAAUUUAAAUUUUCACUGUAGAUCUUGAGAGUGAAAGAGGUGAAGGUUUGUGGACCUAUCCUAUGAAUAUCUCUCUCAUUUUCAAGUGCCUCUCUAUUUCCUAUCCGCCAAAGAAAAAAGUACUUUAUCACUUGUCUCCCUCCAUUUGACACAUAUUAUUGUAAUUAAAAGUACCUGCGGAAAUCCCUUUAAAUUGGUACUUUCUGUUUGAUUUUAGGCUGCUUUAGCUCUUGCAAAUGCAACUCAAGAAAGGUUGGAACUUGAGAAUAAGUUGAUGGUCUUAGAGGCAAAAAAGGAGCAGAUGGACACUUUGCUAAAAGAGUUGCAGUCUCUCAAAGAAGCACAAUUAAGAAAAGGUACUGUGUACAUUUUCGAAACAUUACUGUGAUAUUCUUGUCCUUGAAAAAGGGAUCAUAAAGAGUGUGUCAUAACUAAACCGUCAAAGAUUUCUUAGAGAAGGAGGAAUGUAACAAAUUUCUGGUUUACUGUGGUGUUCUGCUUAGUACCGUGGGGAAAUUGCACGUAUUGGCUGGUGAUAUGGGGGGUUUCUGGGAUGGAGAAGCCAAGUCAUUCAGGAGGAGGAGCAGCAUCACUCAUCCAACAGAGCCGUGGAUAGGCUGCGCAUUUCGAGGCUGGUAGCGUAGUUCAUCGUAACCUAACAUAAGUGAUUAGUUGGUUUUCGUGAUCGUAACAGAGUGCGGUCUCUUAGAAUCCUUAGACGCUGCUGGUGGUGCAAGUGCAAGUGUAAAUGAGUCUAAACAAGAAGAGGAUGAACCACUCGCCACUACAUCUCAAAAGCUAGAUGAUGAGCGUAUCCUAGAGGCUCUGGAAGUUCACGAAAAACUAAAGUAAGGACCAUACGAUGCUGGCCACUUCAUAAACUACCACAAGGGUCUUUUUAUGUGUACGCUCAGCCUUACCUAGGCAACAUCAUCCAAUUCUUCUUUUUAGAUUGUCACUCUUACAGGAACGUGUAAGAGCCUAGGAUCCUUCACGUACAACAUGUAGCAUUUUGACUUUGUUGAGAAAAAAUGCCGUAAAAAACUUGCAUUGGAACAAACAGCCUGGCUUAACCCUUAGAUCCCCAAGAGUGACUAGCAUCUAAAUUCUCCUCACGAUAUCACCGCUGAAAAAAACAUCAAGGUCAUGAGCAAAAAGGAUAUGAUCACCAAAUAAGGAAGCUCUUGAUUAUUCGACAAAUUCUCCUCGUCAACACCUUAGGAAAUGUAUAGGAAACAGCAUGGAGAAUUUGCAUACAGAUAUUAGGGUGUAAAGGGUUAAGGGUACCGUACAUCAAAUGCUGCAUGUACCAAACAGUGCACAAUUAAGAGUAAUGAGCAUUGGGGUAUUUCUUGGUGUGGCAUGUGAACUCUAACCUAGAAUAUUAAGUACUCUCUGCUUCGUGUAUUUGAGACGUGGUACUUUUAUAACUGCUUGAGACCUAUGCAUGCCCAUCAUAAAUUUUCUUUUUCUAACACAGAAGCUUGCAAGAAGUGAGAGAUCGCUUGAGCCAGUUGCGGGAAUUGAUUGGUCAAUAUCAGGUGAGAAGUUACCAUUGUGUUCAGCUACGUCUCUCUAUCCUUACAUUAACCCGACACUCUUUCAUUAUCCACAUAUUUUUGGUUCUGAGACACGUUUGGUGAUUUUGUACAAGGAAAUGAAAGACAGAAAUUUAUUGUCAUAUCAGAAAAUCAAUAAACUGGGUACAGUUGAAAGCUCUAACACAACUAGUAUCAAAAACUAGUGCAAGUAACUCAUAAAAACUCUAUGAAAUAUUUGCAUACUGAAACAAAUGUAUUUAUAUCUUUUCCAUUGAAUAUAAUUUUAUUUUCAGCUUUAACAGUGCUGCAUCUAGACAGAAGCCAGACAUGAUUUACACAUUACUUUUUUUGUAUUCUCCAGCCAUCUUUAAGUGAGGUGGACAGACCAGAGAAUGGGGCACAAGUCCAACCUGAAAGAGAACGUCUCAGCUUACCUGUUCAGAGCAGUGAGGAAGGGAAGAAAUGGAAGGUGCGGUCGGAGGAGCAACUGGUGGAACCGACGAGGACUUCAGUAGUAUUGAGUGGAUGCUUAGUGCUGGUGUGGAAGACCCUGAUCUAAUGGCAAAAAUAAGGUAAAAUGCAGUCGGCAGAGUACAGUACCGCUCUAAUGAUACAAGUACAAUUCCCAACAGUUUCAUGAAGCGAGUUUUGACAUUCGACAUUCGAGUUUCGUGAUGCUCGAAGAGCUUCUCGAGGAUCAUGAUCUGCAAUUUUGAGGAAAAGAUUUAUAACACAAGUCCCUUGCACCUUUGCAAAUAUUUUGAUUUCACACAAGACUCGUGCUCUAGACAAGGCGCUUUUUAGUGUCAAUGGUACUAAACGCAAAAUGCAUCUACUGGUAAAGCCGCGUUUAUAACACAUAGUUCAAGAACAUUUGAACUUUGCGUUUACGAGCAUGGGUAGUUUCCUAGCUGAUUUCAAAAAGGGAGCCUAUGUUGCGUUCAUCCAGUAUAUUCUUGCUUCACUUUACGACUAAAAGGAGACAGAUGUGGUUGCUUUGCAGAUUACAAACGUCCUUAAGGAGGUGAUUUUAGGUUUACCUUUCGUCAGUUUGCUUCAGUUUUCGAAUGUUCUCCCUCUUUAACUUUUCAUUGAAGGACUGUUUCUGUACAAUCCAAGGUUCUCCCUUAGUUGUAAAAAUUUUGCCGGUUAGCAUGGUUAAUUAAAAUUUUUCAGUUUAAGCUGAACAUCGAGAUAAGUUUCUAGAACAUGUUUCAUUUCUCCUGUACAAAGGCAACUUCAAGAAGCAAGGGCAAGGGUUACUCACCUGUUUAAACAAACAAACGAAAAUGUUCAGGUAUGUACCUGUGGGGAAUGUAUAAGUGCAUUUUACGUUGCUUACCUGUAUCUGUUGUAAAAAUCUUAUGAUGUAUAUAAUACGAAAAGAUGCGGUGGACUACAGGCGGAAUAAAAUAUGUAGUAUUGGCCUUUGUGCUAAAUGAUUUGCACAAAAUAAUGAGCUUCAGUGGGCUGUUUGCUUCCUUGGCAAGGAUGAAAGCAACGUUGAUAUUACUGAAGUAUUGCACCAAAUAUUAAUUUUGACACUUCUGCUCUCCUUUCGAUAUUCUUUGAGCAUUUUUAAGUGUUUCGCAUUCUUUGUAGACGUCACCCGCUAGGGUGAACAAUGAACCUGUGCAGACACAGGCUGCAGAGGAAGACUCUGAGGCAGAGACCCAGACAGACACUGAUGCUGAAAGUGCAGUGAGUGGCGGUAGUUCAAGUGUUAAUGCCUUAGCUUGGCAAGAUGAUCCUGAAUUUCAGGCUAAAGUCAGGUGAGUUGAGAACAUUUUUAAUCGUUAUAGACUGAUUUUAUUAUUAUAUUUCAGGCUUCAAUCCUUUUCAUUGGUCUUUGGGACCCCUUUACUUUCGAAAACGUAUGGUAAAAGCCCGUACUUGAUAGUUCUUCAUAUGUGUUUACGGGAAGUAACGAAGCCUUUUCUCCCGAACAAUGUUACCAGCGAAGGUAAUGAUUGCAGUUGAUAUAAUCAACUUAACAAUGCGAUGAGUGGAACUUAUUGAUAAAAAAAUAGACUUUUUGUCGCGUAUGCUUUUGGAGUAGCGUCUCAUUUUUUUCUGGAUUAUAGAUCUAAAAUGACUGCUAAAAUUGCGGAAAGCGUUUCUACUCAUGAUUUUUGUUUUGUUUUGCUCUUUUUGUUGCUUAGGGUUUGUUUUUGCUUUCCAUUCGUGUAUUGAAACCAGUAAAAUAUAUUCUCAUUUUCUAUUUUCAUUUAAUAUCGCCAAGGAAACUGAAUUCUGCCAAGCAGAAGUUAAAACAGCUUCAAGAACUUGUCAAGAAGAUUCAGCAGGUAUAGCUAACUUUUGAUAAAGUAAUGCAAAGUGCAAUAUUACUCACUUAUAUGUUAACACUCUUUUUAUGAAAUCCAAACAACACCCUGACACAGUGUUCUGUACUGGUCAUUGCCGAAAGGUUUAGCGAAUUAGAGGCUUGUGUUUGCGUAUGUGCUUGCGUGUGCGUGCGUGCCCGCGUGUUUGUGAAUGUAUUGGAUGAUUUCUUCCGUUAAUACCACUCGCUUUUUAAUACCAUGUUAGCGUUCCAUGUGUAUUUUCGACCUGGAAAAAUGUGCACUCAAAUGUUCCCCAGGUAGACGUGGUAUUUUCCACGGACAUGGUUUAAAAAGUAUUAUGUAACUUUGAGCAUGAUGAAAGUAAGUGACAAACUGUCCGUGAUGGAAAGAUUUUUUUGUUUAGUUUCCGGAAUCCUCUCAAACGCUACCAGCAGAGUUGGCAGAGCUAAGCUUCGAUGAAGACGAUUUCGAUGAUGAUGAUGAUGAUGAUGACGACGACGAUGAUGACAACGAGGAAGCAGAAGAAGAUGAAAAUGACGAGGAUGGAGAUGAAAGCAACAGAUCAGAGGCUUCCUAUGACAAUGAGCGAGGGAAUGUGCAGAAUGAUGGUGAAGAAGUCUCUACGGCUACUGAGGACGAAGAGGCUGGUGAAGAUGUUCCAGUUGCAGCAGCUCUCAAUAGAAACAGAAUGCUGGAUCUCGAGGGUUAGUUUCUAGGUGUACUUAAGCUGUUUCGUUAAAGACACCGCUUUUCCUUCUCUGAGAUGUGAAAUGUAGCUGGAGGUAUUUGUAUUCUUGUUUGUGCUGGAAAGUUCUCGACCGUUGUUGACUACGGAGAACGGAGAACGUUUACCCCUAAGGAAAAGAUCCAACCAAAGUUGCGACCUCAACUUGAAAGUGAUUACCCGUUUUAUCAAUGAACAAUCCAAAUAAAAUAUCCAUGUACUAAUUUACGUCCUCAGUUACUGAAACUGCUAAUUGUUUCUUAUUCCAGGAGAAGACUAUCACAUUUUCACGUUCAAUACACAUUUUAAAUUUCUGACAGUCUGUGGGCAGAAUGAGUGCCGGGUAACGGAAAUUAUUUACCCCCAGGUGGUUCAUUUACACGUAGCAUUUCAAAAACGCUUCAGUAUGCAUCAAGGCCCGCUACUUUCGAAAGAUUCCGGUAUAAUCAUGCGACUGAAUAAGUGAUGACAACGUAUUUCUGCAAUGACGGUUUAUUUGUAUUCAGCGACAACCUUUUGACAACAUUUAUGGAACAACUUGUUGAAAGUGAUAAUCAAUGUUUAUAAUACAAAAUAGGCAAUAUUCGAAUAAACUCUUGAGGUAUGUAAGAUGAACUGACUUGAUUUCCUUGUAACAGGUAGUGACCAGGAAGCAGUGUACCAGAGGUAUUUGCAGAAACAAACGGCAGAGCUUGAACAACUGCAGCAGGAAAGACAAAGGUUACUGAAAGUUCAGGAAGAACUGGCUAGAAUAAGCAGGCAGUCUGGAAAUCACAAGACAGCGUCAACACAGGUAUAAAAGUAAUGGGUUACCAUAACACUCACAGCCGCACGUGCGGUUGUGGGGAGGCGGGUUUUGGGUGUGGAUAGGCUCCUAGUCUUCUAUUUAUUGCUAUAGAGUCAUCAAUCAACAUUUCCAGAAGUAAUCCCCAUGUAACUUCCUCUUAUCAUUUUCAAAACAAUCUGCAGCGUUUGGUCGGGGCGAGAAUUGAAAGGCUUAAGCAAGAAACAACGCCAAUUUCUUCAUACAUUAUUUACAAGGAGAUGUUAGAAUGUUAGCAGCUAAACUAGACGAUCGAGGGUCUUGUAUGGGGAGAUUAAGUUACACGAUUUACGUGUUUGUUCUUGUACACAACUGAGUGAAAAAGGAUGGAAACGUUUCUUUCAGGGGCAUGUGUCAAUAAUUUUUUCUUAGUAAGAACAUUGUUGUCAUAUCAUAUCGUUGAGCAUCGAUAAUGUUAAUUAUCGUUAAUACUUUUUUUAAAAAUUUAAUCUUAAGUAAAUCAUCUUCUAUGUGUUGUAUCACUCUCGUAAUAAACCAUUCUGAGCGUAUCUGGAGAUUUUGCCGAUUCGCUCAACCUCGACAAGUUCGCCGCUCAGGAACGGUUAAGGUGGGGGCGAAGUUAUUCUAUUCGUAACUGAUCAAAAACUCCUUUAAGAAACGAAAGUGAGCUUAAUUUAUAGAUCGAAUUUAUCGCUUCCUUCAAUCCAGUUUGGAUUUGAAAUGCUCGCAAACCAUUUUAUGACCAAGGCUUUCUCUUUCAGACAUUUCAAGCUUCCCAAGUAAAGCCACAAAAACCCGCUACUGCAGGAAUAAUGCUCAGAACUGGUGCAUUUGCCACCAGCGGAGGAGCUCUCUCAAAGAGACCAGUCAUGAUCCACGCGCCAGUGAACAAGGAAAUUUCAACGCAGACACCAUUUUAUGGUUCUGACCUGAGGGUUGCAAGAUCUGUAGACUCAAGUGAACCCCCAAGAGGUGUGUUAGUCAGUAGUGUAUACACGGCACAGUAGACAGAAUGACCUCGCACACGACUAUGAAGUUAGAGUUGUUUUAGACUGACUGUCAUGAAACCAAAACCAAAGGAAUCAUAGAGCCUAAGACUAAUCUUCUUAUCCUAAUUACAAAGUGAAGAGAAACGAGAGCAGCACAUUCUUGGGUCACUUGUGGAACUAAGGUGAAGAUCUGCCCUUGGCCUAAGAUUUGUUGGUUUUGCAGCGCGCGCGCAAAUAAGACCCAUCCUUAUUGCAAAAUGGUAAUAAAGAUAUCCAUCCAAACGAAAGUAGGGAUGAAGUGACAGGCUAAUGUAGUAGAAAUCUUGAAGGAAAAAAAAACAAAGUCGUUGGCGAAAGUGUCAAAAAUUCAUGUGAAUUUGAUUACAGCUCGUCCAAGUUCGUUGGUGUGGUCAGAACUGAGACGUCAGAGAGAACUGCACGAGGAAAAGCUAAAGAAAAGAAAACAAAAAUUUCUAGAGAAGCGAAAGAAGUCGGGGCUCGAUGAUUUGUCCGAAGGUGGGACAUACUCUGUGAGGAGUGGAAGGAGUGGUGACAUCGAUGAAGGGUUUGGUGUGAGUAUGAUGAGUGCUGACAUUACUACUGCUACCUGGGGCGGCUCAACUCAACCUAGCAGUACCCAGAAUGAUUCAGCAGUGUCCGCCGAUGAAUCUGACGAGGAGAACGAGGUGGCACAGGUAAAGCAUGUGUGAACUUGUGGCUUCCUGAAAGGAAUAUGACUUUGCAGUAGCGCGUGGUAGGAAUGGCACUUUAGAUCGAUGUUGAUCUUCUUUGCCUGCUCUUUGUUUUUUCACGCACUGUUUUAUUUAGAGGUUUUAUUAAAAGCCGAUUACAGACCGCCGCCUUUAAGACUUGGUAUCUCUGUCUGUUUAGCUUGCGAGCAGGCUCUCGUGUUUGGGUUUCACAUUACGACCCCUUUCCGGGUACAGCUGCCUAUUACACCAUCGGCAGCUACUUAUGGAAAAAAGCUGACAAAACUCCUGAUAUGAUAGUGGUAAAAACACUAAAAUCGCUGGAGAACGCAUCCGUCCGGCAGAAUCUUAUACAUGCUUAAGACUUGCUCACUCCAGAAAUGACACACUAUUCUUAAGUUUCAAAAUCAUAAAAUCUAUCAACGAUGAUAUUUUGUUCCUCUUCAGUAGCGACUUCUUGUCUCAAUCGUUACCGUCAAUUGACUCGUUUGGCUACUUUUUCCCUUAAAUUUGUCUCUUUUUGUGUCCUUGGGAGUGAUACUUUAUUGAAACGUUCAACGAUUGCGGAUUAACCGGUUUGCAAAUUACGAAGUUAAAGCAUGUUCUCUUGGUGCAACAUUUAACUUUGUUUCAUUAAAGAUCGCCGUGGAAGUAGAAGAUGAUUAUCCCGACGGAAUCGUUCAAGCCGAGGAGGAGGAAGAGGAGCGUCUUGAACCGGAGGCUUUCUCAGGAUCAGCUCAGGCAGUGUUUAGAGGCAGAGAGAGAGUUCCUCGUAUGACCACCUUUAGGGGCAGUGUAGAUAGCACCUCCCAACCCAGUAGCGGCAAGAAACGCAAGAUUGAUGGCACGGCAAUAUCUGGUAUGACUUAAAUAUUUGCGGUCGUUUACUAGUUAAUGAAGAUUUUUAUUUGAUAUAUUUAUCCUGUUUUUCUAAGCUUUAAGAGUCGUUCUUACUUUCUGGCUGCGCAAUUUGUUUGUUCAGCGUUCUGUCAAGCAACUAUCUCGUUGAUUCCCAGACAAUGAGCAAACACUUAUAUUUGAAAAUGAAAGCUUGUGUCUCCAAAUUUGCGAGAUUGGAGUUUCAGUUUUAUAGAAGCAAAAAUCGAGACAUGAGGGACAAGGUGUAUUUUUGGGCUCCAGCUCUGUUAAUUACAUACAAAGUAUACAGUCAAUUCUUGGUUUGUGUUUCAGACGGAAUACGUUGAAAUAUAGUUUUUUUCCUCCCUCACAGUUUUUCCCUAAUUUACCAAACAAGGUGGCGUGACUUACCUCUCAUUACCUUUUGCAGUACUCUGCAGUCUCGCUCUGUGCUUUUGUCAAGACAUUAAGUGUUCGUCUAACAACACAUGGAUUUACGAUCAUACUUGUGCGUGUCCUUAGAAAUAUCCGAAGUCCAUUUUAGAUCUAACUUUUGGGUAACGAGAAAUGUAAGCACUCGUGUCACAUCUGUGUAAUACCAAUCUCUACUCUUACUUAAGGUGGAGCUCGAAAAAGGGAAAGAGAGAGAGGCCUCACUUUUGAAGACUGGCCAAGAACAUUCUAUUUUGAUAGGAAUUCACGAGGAAGAAUAAGACAAGAGGUACGUUCCAUAAAACUCUUAAAAUUCAAACAAAAAAGUCAAUGAUUGUCUUUUUGGGCAUACGAACCGCAGUGAUAAGAGUCUGAAAUGAAAGAGACUUACGAGUGAGUGAGGAAGCAGAAUUGUGUAGAUCGGAGGAGUAGUGAGUGAAUAGCAAGUCUUGUUGAUAAACUUGAGUUUGAUCUAGUCAGAACCGUGAAUGUUGUGGGAAGCAGAGAAAGAAUGUCCGCUAGAUGCUAACUUCAAGAUAUAUCAAGAAAAUAUUGCCUUGAGAUUUGUUAAACCGGCAUCAGGGGUUUCACCUAAAGCCGGUUACUGGCGGUCUCCCGUCGCCUUUGAGCCCUCGUACGUUUAGCUUGCCUUGUGGCACAGCCGCCGACUACACCAUCGGCAGUCGUUUAUGGAAAAAGGAAUUGAAACCCCUGCUAGAAGGAUCUCUCUAGUAAGCGUAAGCACCUCAAUUACAGUUCCUCUUAAUUUUCUAAAGUAAAGUUUUAAUGUCGGAUUCAUGAUACGCUGCAACCUUUGUGGUUGUUACGAUCUGAAAUAGCUAAAGGUGUUCAAUGUUCUUCUUUAGAACUUCACGCCAGCUGAGCAGCUCAUCAAGGAACGAGAGCAGGAACAGUUUAACAUGGAGCGGCAGGCAUGGGAACAGCACUGUGAGCGUCUGCACCAGGAGGUGUCCGACCUCUCCACUCUGUGCAACGGACUCCUCAGAGAUCAACAGAUGCUAGUGUCUACGGUGAUUGGCAGAAGUGUUCCCUCCGGACCAGCGUCAAGCCCGAAUUUGGGUAACAUCCCAGGACCUAGUAUCGGUAAACUUAUUCAUAUCCAUUCCCUUCAUGUAGUUUCAUGAGUAUCUUGCUUAACUGGCGGAGUUGCUUGCGCGAUGACGAAAUGCACUUUAGGAAAUCGCUUUUCACGCAACUGACAGUCGAAGUCAUAUCUAAGUAAGAUUUUCCCGAAACGAGACGUUCACGCCAAUGAACGAUCGUUAACUUUUUCAAAAUCUUAACAUGUAAUCCUUCGAAGAUGAUAACUCCACUGAUUCGGGAAUGUCAAUUCAUUAGCAACAAACUUAUUCUGGACGUACAUAAUGUUACUUAAUUCUUCUUUGAACUAUUAUCGAUACCCAGCCUUAUUUUCUACGGUUCAGGCGGAAAUCCGUUCGAGCAAUAUCAACAAAGGCAACAAGAAGCUUAUCAAGGACUUCAAAGCUUCUUUGAUCAACAGCGUUAUAUGCAGCAGCAACACCAGAUACUGCAAAGCCUCAACCAGUGUUAUUCACAGCUUCAGCAGCAACAUCAAGAUAUGGCGACCCUUCAACAUCAAUUCCAGCAGCUGUUUACGUACAACCCCUCCGCUGCAGCAAGUGACCACAAUCCUUCACCACACAGACCUCAAACUGUGACUCCUAGCGUUUUAAAUAAUGCGUCUCCCUCCUUCAUGAGUCUGCCGUCGCAUAGUGUUUUGCAGCCUCCCUUAUCUGCGCCUCUGGUUAGCCAGUCACCUUUUACCAGUGCAUAUCAACCGCCAUCUUCCGCACCUGUGUUCAGAACUUCUUGGUAUCCUCAGUUUGGUCAGGUGGGUGGGUAGCAGUCUUUACGUUCUAGGGAUAGGAUUAAAAAAAGAGCAGUUUUUGCAAAAUUGCCAUGGAACCGUCUUGUGCAUUAAGUAACACGCGGCAUAAGUAACCCAACAAUGUUGCGUUUGGAAGGAAAAUCGUUAAAAUAACUGUGACCGUUACAUGAUAAAAUUCAAACUUAUAUUGCAGCAAGAAAAUGAUAGUUAUUUGAACUAAAUUGAAUGAAUGGACAAAUUAAUGAGUAAAUAGAUACGUGAUUCUCUGAAUACGUACAUAAAUGAAUGAGUGGAUGGUCAACGAAAUAAUCAGAAUGAUUUUUUGACUGGAGAGUGCAUGUGACUUACAAAUAACAUGUCUCAAAUGAAAUAUUUCGUGUCUUCCUUUUCCGAUGAAUUCUAUUUUUCUGAGCAAUUUAUUAGCACGAAACUAUCCAUUCAUUUCGCUAAUUGAACAUUUUUCGAGUUGUUUCAUUCACUAUUUGGUUAAUGUAUAUUGUUAUAAAGCUUUGGGAUUUACAAUCACCAUCAUUAGUCCCUUCGUCAUUGAUGCAGUUUGUUUUGUCUUUCCAGCAAACCACAUCUACUGAUCCACCACGACAAGCUAUGCAGGAAACUUUCAGUGUGAACCCAGACACAGGCAUACCAAGUCCAAAGUCUACUUCACACCGUGGGCAUCCUGUUGAACCUGCUCCCCCUCCACCCACCUCGUCAGGCACGGGAAACCCUGUAAUGGUAGUUCGAGAGGUGGGACCUAGCGCGACAGGAGUGGGUCUGUCUCCUGGUAAUGCUAGACUUGAACGGAAAUAUGAUCCAAGUUCUUAUCAAGGUAGAUAUAUGCAGUGAUGCUGGAUUUGACAUUUAACCGUGGGCAGAAGAUGGUUCCCUAAUUUGUCACGUGUGAACUUUCUCGUGUUGUUUAGUCAAUUAUUCACGGCUCUAGUUUUUAUACGGAAGACAAGCAAGAAUGUUUCGUUAAAUCCAAGGUGUGACUUUUGAGCGUCUUUAUAUAUAUAUAGUCAUGAAUCAGUGCACUUUGUGCAUCUUUCAGAACCGAUAUCUACAAGUGCAAACGUACCGAAAACAGGGAGCAGCCCAGAUGUGAUUGGUCGCACGUUUAACACACCUCUUAGAGCAGCGGCCGCGGCCGACCUAGCACAGAAAGAUAAAUCAGCCUCAAGGGGUGCAGGAUUCAGUUUAGCCCAAAAACUCGCAGCUGAGUCAGUAGAGACGUCUUCAAGAGCUUCAAGUGUGCCUGGGGAUGCACAGGAUGUUGCAAAAGGGUAAGCGAACAUAUAUCUUUUAUUCGCCAGCCGGGAGGUCUGUAUUGAGAAAAACUUUUCCCUCUGUCUUAAGUAGGCCCCCGGCCUACGGCCUCGACACCUAAACUUAUUGAAAUGCGUACUAAAAGAACCCGAAUGAUUUAGGGCUGUAAUUGCGGUUAGGUCCUCCAUAAACCGAACAAUUUUUGAGCGAGUAAAUUGUAGUUAAAACAGGUAACGCAAAUUAAAGAGAGGCUUCACCGAGACGAUUUUAUUUGUGUAAUGAUAAAGUUGAUUCAAAAGGCUUCCAAACAAACUUAGACAAAUUUUUUUUUACAUGUAUCUGUCACGAUCUGACACCUGUCGAUCAUAGAGCGCGUAACAAAGCAAAGUGCAUGUACACUCUUGAUAAAAAAAGGCAACCACAACAAAAAACGGUACUGGUUUGGCACACAAACUCAAGUUUAAUUACUGUCACGACAAUUUUUUCUUCAAAAGUAUUCAAUGAUCUCACGGAAAGUAUUAUUCACUUUCAUCGAUGAUUAAUGUACGAACUAGAAUACCUCUGAUCAGUCAGUUAAUGGUAAGGAAAGUAGUUGUAAAUAAAUUAACCCUUCUACUCCCAGAUCAAAUUUGUAACUCUUCUUACUUUCAACCAUACAAUUCUUAUAUUGUUAGCUCAGAGAAUUAAAUAUUACAUCAACUAAUUAUCCUCAAAUUGAUAUUUUUCUUGUUCUCCUCACUUACCUGGUUGAUAUUGUAUUGAUGUUGUAAGGAGAAAGUCUGUCUUGGUCUCUCAUGGGAGUUAAAGGGUUAAAAUGUAUGUUGUUGUGGGACUCUGCUCGUUUGUUUGCUGCAAUGGCGUGUAUAAAAUCUGGUCUUUCUUCCACCGAAAACUAAAGUCAAAUGAGACACUAUCUUCACAAUGGGAAUUUAGUGCGGCCUUUUCUCGUUGAAUUCCAUCGGUUUGUGUAGUGCGAUUUACUGUACAAAUGACCACAUUGAACAUACUUGCAAAGACUUACGGAGAGCGUAUUUGUAGUGGGACUGAAGACUUCGCUCACCGUUUUACAACUAAAAAAUUGUUUCAGAUAAUUGAAUGAAUGAAAAUUCCGUAGGUAGAUUUAAUUAUAAACAAUUACAGACAAUUACCUCACAAUUGGACUUGUAGCCCUCCAUCCAGAAUACGUUAAGAAUUUUUUUUUCAGCCUAGGGCUUAUUACGACAGUUUACGGUAUGUCUUAAUAAUUUGAUUUAAACAAAAGGAUGGCGAUGCCAAACGACUCGUAGUUUUGUCAUUUUAAUAGCCUAGAUAACAUGGCGACCAAAUUAAAUGUAAACUAGGGAUAAUCAAAUGCAAUCAUUUAGUUUUCAUUGAAAAUGUUCGGAGCAAAGUUGAGUAAAACACUGUUUCCUUUCUUCCUCAUUUUAACUCUUUAGGUCUUGGCAAGAGGCAGAUAGGUAGGAUCAAUUCGUUCAAUUUGAUACUACGUUUCUGAUACAUAUACUUAGUUAUCUUAACCUAUUAAUGCAUCGUACUGAAAUCCUGCAGGGCAUCAGAGGCAGGCAGCGAGUUUUCACUUUUUGAAGCACUCAGAGACUCUAUUUAUUCCGAAGUUGCAACGCUCAUUUCUUUGAACGAAUCCAGACCACAUUUCUUGGUAAGCGCUGAUUGAACUUUAUUCCAUUUUUUAAUUCUUGUAUUUAAUGUUGAAAAUAAGAACUGGCAAAGACUCCGCUAGUGGCGAAGUAUCUAGGGUUUAUACGUAACCUCCUUUUUAGUCUGGUCACCGAAUUAUAAGGCGUUCAUGCGCAUGCGCAUGCCCCUUCUCGCAUUAUUAGUCAACACUAAGCAAGAUAGUGUUUGUACAUAGUUCACUCUGCUUAUCACCUAACUUUACAUUAAAAAGUCUAAGUAUGGCUAAAAUGUGGCGCUAAUUUUUUUUCUCCAGCUCGAAUUGUUCAGAGAACUACAGCUGUUAACAUCAGAUUACUUAAGGCAGCGUGCGUUGUACGCUCUACAAGAUUUGGUAACAAGAUUUUUAACUGAGGACUCAGUUGGUGCUGAAGGAGGGCCUCUGCAGCAAGCAGUAAGGAUACUUUAGUUUAAUAUCUAGGGUUUGUUUCGUUUGUCGUCGCUUUAUUUGUUAUUCAAUCUGUUAUCGGUAUGUUUUUUAACUCUCCUUUCCGCGAGCUCGCUCUUUCACUUAUGACUUUACUUCUUUGUUUCUCGUGUCUCGGACUGCGUAUUUUUGUCUCGUUGCUUCUUUAUCCAUUCGUUUAUGUUUUUACAGCGAUUUCAGGAAUGGCUAGGUUCCAAUUCUGAACUGACUCCAAGUGAAACAGUAGAGACAUUUGAAGACGACGAAUCUGAGGUGAGAUAAACUGUGCACCUGGAGAGGUCGUUACUUUGUAUCUGUCUCUUGUACCAGUAUCAUGUCAAAGGAUCAUUGAGAUUGAAAGUAUGUAAACCUUUAACCUCUUAGGAAUGACCAGCAUCUAAUUUUCCCCGCAGUAUCACCCUCGAAUCAAACAUUAAGGUCACGAGAUUAAAGUAAAUGAUUACCAGCUAGAGAAGCUCCUCAUUCUUAAUCAAAUUCUCCUUGUUAAGACCAAAGGAAACAAAUAGAGAUCAGUAUGGAGAAUAUGCAUACUGAUGUUGAGGUAUAAACGGAUAAGAAAAGGACCUUCGUGAGUGUUCGCUAAAUACAGGAUGACCUCCCUACACAGCUGCUGAUUUUUCAGCUCUAACAACGUGUAGAACAGGGUGAGUAAUAGUCAGACUGGCUCUCUCGUCUGAAUGGAAUACCGGUUAAUUUCUUUAAUAAAUAAUUCUUUUUGGUUGUUGUUGUUUUUUUUUUUUUACUUUGUUACUUUGUAGACGAGAGAGGCUGCAGUCCCAGCCGAAACGGUGACAGAAGGAAUCUAUGACUACGCAGAGAAUGUCGAGUCAGGAAGCACCCUCUCCACACCAACAUCGAGUCACGCUGGUGAGGCACCCUUUGCGUCUGAAGGUCUGGGAGACACUGUCAUUCACCUCGACAAGGUAAGCCGCGUCAAAAGAAUAUCAAUGCUGGUGAUACAAUAUAAUCCGGGCUGAACUUUAAUUAAAGGCUAUGUAUAUCUACUAUGACUGGUUAGUCAAGGUCGCUCCCUUUUACCCGAUAUGUAAAUUCCCAGCGUCAUUCUGUACUCCAAUGGAAAAUGCAUGACCAGAAGGAGAAAUUUCCCGGGAAGAGGGCUUAUUAUUAUAUAUCUAUUGAUUCGUGUGGUCAAUGCUGACUUAUGGAAGGAGCCUUUAGAGUUAAGUAAAGGUUAGUUCUUGUACCUAUCUUUGAAGGCUCUUAGCAGGAUGCGUGAAUAUGAGAGACUGAGAACUGAAGGGAAACUGACUGAACUUGUGUCUGGUGCUGCCUUGUUAAAAGGGGACAAACACGUCAAAGACGACGUCACCACCAGCUCUGCUGGAGAUGUAGGAAGCGAAUCUUCGAUAUCGGAUGUUCAGGUUAGCCCUGUUAGCACGCUUUCUCAAAAAUAUCAGUUCUGUUUCAUAUAGCUGUUUUCUAUGUCUUACGUUGCGCAAGUACGUUCGUUGCCAUCAAAUAAUAAUUGUGCUGGUCGUUAUGGCAAAUUUGUCUCCAUCGACCCCACUCUGAGAUUCACUUCUGUAACCUGCUGAUUCGGCGUUUGUAGGGGAAAUGUUGUGUAUCGUUAAAUUAUCCAACCUUUUUUUCAUAGUAUCCAAGAAUCGAUACUCAAGCCCUGGACCAUCUCAUUAAGUCAAUCAUGUCGGUAAGUACAUUGAGAGCACUCAACACUUCCUGUCCCAAAAAAAAGUUCCAAAGUCAGCAUUUUUUUAAAAAAUCUCAUAAGAUCACGUGGUUUUUGUCACUUUCCACCUUAUGUUCUACCCUAAGUUCGUUUAGUGACGUUGGAAAUGUUAAUUAGUUAGCGUUAUUUAGCCCUCUUUUAAGAGUAAGUGCCUUUUUUCUGUGCAAGUGACAUCGUUAUUGGGUUUCGUUCCAUAAUCUAACCAUGGACGUAUCCCAGUUUCCUUAACCUUUAGUGACAAGGGGUGCUACCACCUCCCUCAGUGAACGGGAUGUCAGUCCACUGCAGGUAGUAAGUCAGGUUUUCCUCGCAGCUUUUCGAAACUCGUGUAUACCUCUAGUUUAAGGGCUAAAGAGAAAGUUUACUGUCUCGUCCAAGAACGCAACACAACGAUGUGGCCUGGGCUUGAGCCUUGUGCUCUUGUAGUUCAAAUAAAUGAAACUGACAAUUUGAAUUCCUACGAAUGCCCUUGUAAGUUUCUGAAGUUAGAUUUGGAAACGAGAAAUAGUUUCGAGACACUUGUUUGACAUUCAUAGUGGUCAUGACUUUUUUAGGAGGUAAUACCUUGUUUGAAUGAACACAUGGAGGAUACAUGCACAUCUGAUCUGUUGGGUUAUAUAAGAAGUCUGGUGUUAUCACGGAUUCAAGUUAAUGAAGAUCAGGUAAGCUUACUUUUAUUCUACAAUGGAAAAUUGGUGUUCUUAUGUUACUUUUCUUACAUAAAAGCCAUUCUGCGGUCUUCUAUUCCAUCAUAACAAGUUUGAAAUUGACUUUUUUUUUUUUUCUUUUUUUCCCACAUUUAAGGAGUUUGGAAGGUUCUUUCACAAACAGCUGGCUUCCAUUCUUCAGGAUUCCUUAUCAAGAUUUACUGAUAGAACGUGAGCUAACUCCUGUUUUUUUUUUUAAUUUAAUUUUGGGUUUAACUUUUACCGCUUUCCUAUGCCAUUGUUUUCCCUUUAACUCCUGGGAGUGUCGAAACUUCUAAAUCUUUCCAUAUAUUGUCACCAAUUGUAGUAGCGUUUCAGGAACAGUUCCAAAAAAGAGGAACUUGACUUAAAACGCCUUUCUUUCAAUGACUUUGUCUUGCUAGAAUGAAAGACUGUGGAGAGGAUAUGCUUGUGGACAUGUCUGAGAUUUUGUUCAACGAGUUGGCGUUUUUCAGGCUUAUGCAAGACUUAGACGGGUGAGAAUUUCCGUAACAAGAGUGUUACAUAAAUUGAAGGCCUCGUCUAUACCGAGGUAGUAAAAUUGAAAAUCCAACUUUAUCCCUACAGUUAUGUCUACCUUCCACGCAAAUCUGGAAAACAGAAUAAAUUUAAAAAACGCCAUUUUCUCUUCCUAUUUUGCAUGAAAAACUUGUCGUGGUCGGAAUUUAUUUUCCGCAUCACUGUCGCAUCAUCCUGUGAUUUUUAUUUUCAUUUUAUUUGGCGGCAUGAUCAAAUCCUUAGUAGCCGUAUGUCUAAUAGUCCUAGGUUUCUGCCGCCUGUGAUUUCUCUUCCUAAAAAAACAAUUUGUUAAGGUUGGACUCAUAAUUUAUUAUUAUCUAUUUUUUUUUUUCGAAAAAAGCAUACAACACCGUUGCAUUACUGUGUGAUUUUUAUUUGUAUUUCAUCUUGCGGCGUGAUCAGAUCCUUAUUAGCCGUAUGCCCAAUAGCGUAGUCGAGAGUUCUUUUCUUAUAACUUGGUUGUAAGUGUUACACGACUCUACAAUAUUUAUCUUCCCGUGUUACGCUUUUAAACAGAGGUCGAGGAGCCAGCCAAAGGCCAACGUGGCGACAGGUUAGUUUCGCUACUUACUCUGAACGUGCUUGUCGCUGUUUUACACUUUACACUGCGUGCUGAUUUACCAAAACUUCAGGCUUUAUAUGAUGUCAGGCAUUUGAUGUUAUUAACUCAUAAUCAACUUUCUGUGCUUUCUGAUGUCCAGCUAUCGUUGUGGUCAACCCUUGUAUUAGCUUAAAAUGUUCGUUGUAUACUCGUUUAUGAUUUCGUAAAUUUUCAGUUGCUUCCUAAAAGUAAUGUGGUGUUUCAAUUUUUUUUCUGCUUUACCGUAUCCUUAAACAAUUCAAGUGAUCUUACACCACCUCCUAAACGCAAAGCCGACUUCCCACGUUAGAAGCCAUUUACUUACGUUGACUUUGGCUUUUCGUGGACUCGUUCUAACUUCUUUGCUCAGGUCAAAUUUACAAUUUCUUUCUUUGUAGAUAUUUAACACUCUUAUUGUUGAUAUGUGAUAUAUUAGGGAUUUGACUCAGCAAGCACAGACACUGGAACCGGUCAGGACGGAGACAAAGAGGAUGAUGAUGAUACUGAAGAAAAAGAAGAUAAUCCACGAAAUGACAGGUGGGACGCAAGGGCUCUCAACUAAAUUCUGACGAAUAUAAUCUAGUAAAUUAUUUUGUUUUUACGUUGCAACACUUCCAGUGUUAUUGUUAUUAGCGAUUUCCCGCGCCUCGGGUCGUUUAGAUGGGUUUUUCUUUUACUUUUCUUAGGCUCCUCUUCCUUUUGUAACGUACUGUAACGACUAGUCUGGAAAACAGCCGUUUUAACGUCAAAAGAUGAUCUUAGUAGCGAUAUGCCCAGAUUGAUGAAUAUAAGAGUGACUUACCGUGACUUUUAACUUUAGGACAAACAUAUAAUUAUCCUGGGAUCGCAUAGAUGUUGCAGUUGUUUUGUCAUAACCUUAUCAGCCCCAAUUCGCAACUUGCCUUCCGUGAGGUGCUGAGUAGUUGAGAGGAUGUACACAGCUCACACGGUUUUUAACAAGUCCUCUUGAAUUUCAUUACUGGGCCACCAUCUUAAGCAAUUUGACGGUGACUCUCCUCAAGUCGAUAGCGAUUUCUGUAUUGAAGCAUUUAAAGCCAUAGCUGUCACCCUAUUUGUCGGUCAAACUGUGAAUUUGCCCUGAACAGCUGCAGAAUCUUGAAAUUCGUCGGCUACUUGUUUCGCCAGCUCUGGUGAAACCAUCAGAGAGAAACCAUGACACUCCUUUUUUGCAACUCCAAAAGCGAUAUCAUAAGAUUUACGUUCUAUGUCUAGUGCUGUGGAAGAGGAGGGUGUAAGCGCAACCGAUGAGCGCGAGGGGGCUGAAGGCGAGGAAGAGGAACAAGAACAUGAUGAAAGCAGCGAGGAGUCUUCAUCAGAGGAGUCAGGUGCCGAAGAUGAUGGCGCAGAGGACGGAGGACCGGAAGAUGAAGAGGAGGAAGACGAAGCUGCUGCAGCUUUGCCAAUCUCCAAGGAGCAACAAGAAGCAGAGGAAGAAGAUCUUGGAAAGGUUUGUUUCAUUUGUCAUGCUAAUGGAGUGUUCUCGCUCUGAGCAAGCUGUUACGUUGAUUGGAAAGAUUUGCGUAACAUCCUUUGAAGAAGUUAUGUCUCAAUAUUUUAAUUCUUUUGCCUUAAAAUAGUAAGAAGGAUUAAAAUUGUAAUGUGGUUUUAAGACGAAAAACAACAAUAAGUAAGAAUAAACUGACGAACUACAACGUGAAGUGAAUUUAAAGAGAGUGAACUGGAAAACUUGGGCAGUAAUGUUGUUUGACUCGAAUCUUAACUUGGUUUUGCUGUAUUUUUCUCUUGCUUUUUUGUGUAAAUUCAACCUUAUUUUAAGCCUUAAUACUGAUUUACGUGAGACAUUUUUAGAGGGAAAUCAUGUUUUGUUAUUUUUGUGGUUUAAGACGAGAGAUGAUGUAAUGGCCACUCAGUUUGAAGAGAGACAAAGGCAAGUAUCUUAGCAGAACCAUUUGGUGCAAAAUUUAUAUUUCUAAUAUAAACGUGCUAGUUCCUCCACUGCAGUGUUUGUUUGUGCCUUGCUCAUGUUCUUCCCCGUGUAUUGAUUUCCUAUGCAGUUUACAAGACAAUAGCAUGGUGGAUUCUCCACAGGUAAUGUGAGCAUUAAAACACAAGUCAUGGUCAAGUUAUUGUAUCGUGCUGAAAUAUUUACAUGACUAACUCUUUUUUGUGUGUGUAUUACAUUUUAGAAUUGUGUCAAGUUAGAGUUGUCAGCAAGUGAAUCAAAGCCUUUUUCAAG